AAAGUUUAAAAAACAAAUAUACAAUUCUUAAUAAACUUCCUACUGAUUCUUAUCCAAUUAAUUAUGAUAUUAAACGGGAUAAACCUGUUGAUGGAGAAGAAUAUUGUAUCCCCUUUAAUACAGAUAUUACUAUAUGGAUAAAAGAAUUUGGAACAUCUACAGGUACUAUUUACAAUAAACGAAAGACUGAACAUAUUGAAAAAAAUAAUACUACACGUAUAAUUUAUCAAUGUCAUCACGCUGCUAACUUUGAGAAAAGACCACAAGCUAACUUUGAGGAGAGAUCACAAGCUAAUUUUGAGGAGCGACCACAAUCCAGCAUUAAUGAUCAACUACAAAUCAGUAUUGAGAAUCAAUUACAAUUCAAUGCUGCUGAACAAUCACAACCUAAUACAACAGAACUCCCACAACAAGCACAACUUACUACUGAAGAACUUAUUUUUAACAUUCAAAGCCUAACAAGAGCCCUUGAUGACCUUGAUAUUAACCGAUUACAAGUUGUUCACGACCAAUUAUCAAGAGUUAUUAGUGAUGUUCGAAGACAGGAAAGGAAUUUUCAGAAUGGUGACUGGGUAGGUGAAAACCAGCGGGUAAAAUUCCCACCAAACAUGGGGUUUAACAAACAACGAAGAUAA